CUGUGAGCGCCGGGGCGAAGGUGUAAAUGCGAACACACAGCGCGCUUGUUUACCAGCAGUUUGCUCAGGGAAGUGUGGAUCUGCUGUUGAGAUUCGCUGUCAGCCUCGCUGGAGAGAAGCACCCGCGUCCUAUCGGUUGAUUAAGAAGCUCAAUGGCAAUGGGACAGAGGAACCGACAGGGGAAAGACUGAUGGAAACAGAUACGGUGGAAUUCUCAAACAAGCAGAUGAUGCCACUAAUUUCAGAUUAAUUUGCUGCUUUUGGGUAAUAAAGCUCUGGUAGUGAACUUGGCCUGACAGUGAAAUGUGCUGCUGAUGCGACAUUCUUCAUAAUGAGGAUGCAAACAGGGAUACCUGUUUCAGCCGAACUUCCGUCGUUUCUCACAAAGGAUUGCUGAGAGUGCAAAACGUGCCUCUGUACUGGGAAAGAAGGAUCUGUAAAGAAGAUUCCUUAACUAUGAAUUUAACAGAAGCCUUUGUUUGAAUCUCAUGUUCUGCAAUCCACAGCUACUUGGCCAUGAUGAGUAACACAUCUGGAGAUUUGAUUUCAUCAAUACCUACACCCACAAGUUCAACAAAGUCACCUACUAACGAUAAGAAUCCAUACAUUGCUGUAUAUGUGAUCGUGCCGCUUGUGAUAGUGAUUUUAAUCGGAACUGUUCUUUAUCUGAGAUUGAAAAGAAGAAGAAAAGAAGUUGUCAUUGGAGGCGAGAAGAAGAUUCCAAAUGGUAUUUUAGAAGAACAAGCAGAGCAACAGACUGUGAUGCUACUUAACAGGUCGCCCACAGUUUCGAAGAGGUACCCACCUAUUCCACUCGAAGCUUUGGAACAUGAAGUCCAGAAACGCUCAGCUGAUGAGGGCAAACUCUUUCGGGAGGAGUUCAAUUCUCUGCCAAUUGGAACAUCACUAGCACGUUGUGAAACAGCAAAUAAAGAAGAGAAUAAAGACAAAAACCGAUACCCCAACAUCCUGCCAGAUGACAAUUUCAGAGUGACUUUGACAGCUAUAGAUGGGCUGUCAGGCUCAGAUUACAUUAACGCCUCAUACGUUGAUGGUUUUAAAGUGAAGAAUAAAUUCAUAGCAGCUCAAGGACCCAAGGAAGAGACUGUAGCAGAUUACUGGCGAAUGAUAUGGGAACAGAAAUCUGCCACCAUUGUUAUGUUAACAAAUGUAAAAGAGAAAAAGGAGGAGAAGUGUUUUAAGUACUGGCCUGAUCAGGGUUUGUGGACGUAUGGAGCAAUACGGGUCUCAGUGGAAGAUGUCACCGUGCUUGUGGAUUACACCAUACGCAAGUUCACCAUACAGAAUCAAACAGUUGGCAACAAAGCUCCAAGACUAGUGACACAGCUUCACUUCACCAGUUGGCCUGACUUUGGUGUUCCCUUUGCACCCAUUGGGAUGCUCAAAUUUCUGAAGAAGGUUAAAGCACUGAACCCAUCCUAUGCAGGACCUAUCGUAGUUCACUGCAGUGCAGGGGUUGGCAGGACUGGAACCUUCAUUGUUAUCGAUGCUAUGAUUGAUAUGAUGGAGGCAGAGCAGAAGGUGGACGUCUUUGGUUUUGUGUCACGAAUUCGCAAUCAACGGCCACAGCUAGUUCAAACUGAUAUGCAGUAUUCCUUCAUUUAUCAAGCGCUGCUUGAACAUUACUUGUACGGUGACACAGAGCUGGAUGUGAGCUCUUUAGAGAAGCACAUACAGAAACUCCGAAAUAAAGCAGGGAAGUUCGACAUCACUGGCUUAGAAGAAGAAUUUAGCAAAUUGACUACAGUCCGAAUAAGGAAGGACAAUAUGCGAACAGGGAAUAGGCCAGUGAACAUGAAAAAAGCCAGAGUCCUUCAGAUCAUUCCCUAUGAUUUUAACAGAGUUGUUUUGCCCAGGAAAAGGGGACAGGAAUUCUCAGAUUACAUCAAUGCUUCAUACAUAGAUGGCUAUCGACUGAAGGAUUAUUUUGUUGCAACUCAAGGACCUAUUGUUCACACACUAGAAGACUUUUGGAGAAUGGUUUGGGACUGCAAGUCGCACACAAUUGUAAUGCUAACCGAACUCAGAGAAAGAGAACAGGAAAAGUGCUCCCAGUAUUGGCCCUCUGAGGGCUCCACGAAGUAUGGGACGUACACUGUAGAGAUGAAGAAUGACAACAUUGCUGAUGCUUUCAGUCUCAGAGAUCUCACAGUCACAAACACUGUUGAAAACAAGGAGAGGACAGUACGACAGUUUCAUUUUCACGACUGGCCUGAGAUCGGCAUCCCACUGGAGGGUAAAGGGAUGAUAGACCUAAUCGCAGCAGUCCAGAAGCAGCAACAAAAGUCUGGCAAUCAUCCGAUCAUAGUGCAUUGCAGCGCUGGUGCUGGCAGAACAGGUACAUUCAUUGCACUGAGUAACAUUCUGGAGCGAGUGAAAGCUGAAGGCCUUCUAGAUGUUUUCCAGACUGUUAAGAGUUUACGAAUGCAACGACCACAUAUGGUGCAGACAUUGGAGCAGUAUGAUUUCUGCUACAAGGUGGUGCAAGAUUUCCUCGACAUUCACUCCGAUUAUGCCAACUUCAAAUAAAUAUGUUUGCCUUACAGAUUUUUUUUAUCUUUUGAAUUGUUAGCUGACGGGCCAGUAAAGCAUUUUUUGUACAUUAAAUUAUCAAGAAUUUAUUUUGUAUUUUGCUACGCACUUGGUGUUUAGAAGAAUAUUACUAAUAAGUUGAAGGCCUUUCCUUCAUUGUCUCGUGACUGCGCUUUGAAAGCAUUUAGGUUACAGUAACUGGGGAGUCACACUUCUAUUAACAGUCGUGUGAUGUUUCUAACUGAGUGAACAAAGUACAUUUUCUGUCAUAAUCUCCCGGCAGAACAUUAUUUAAACAGAAUAGGUUAUUAUCACAUAUUAUGUUGAAUCUUGAAUGUACAGAAAAGUGAAAAUCUACUGAUAAAACAGCUUCACUUGCUUUGAAAAAAUAUCAACAAUCUCUGAACCCCCUCCAAGUGUUACAUAAUGUGAAUUUAUACUGUGCAUUAGAGUUUGCUUUGUUUUCAGAAGGUUGGGUGUGAUACAUAUAUAAUAGAUAUAUUUUUCUAUGAAAAGUUUACAGUGUUAUAAUGUUAGUUGCAUAUCAUGCGUUUUGGCUUACCUGAAGGCUUUAUUGUUUGUAAACAUGAUGAAUGAUAAUACAGUUGUUCAGAAGUCUCUCCUUUUAUAUAUUUAUAUUUUCAGUUGCUACCGUUCGUCAACAUUGUACAGACAUAACCUGGGAUGGUAAGCCCUGGACCCUCCAUCACAACUCACAGCCGUGUCUUCUUCACCCCUUUUGCUGUUGAUUCAGCCCAAUACAGGGCAGCCUUAAUCUUGCAAACUAUAUCAGGAUAUCUGAUAUAGAGGCCAACUGCAUUUGGCCUCUCGGUUCUUGCCGUUCUGAUGCCAAUGUGCAUGCAACCUCUAUGUUUCAUGAACCAACAGCCAAUCAACCCACUCCACAGGGUCUCCACCCGAAACGUAAAAUAUUCCUCUUUUCCAGAUAUGCUGCCUGACCCGCUGAGAUAUUCUAGCUAUUUUGUCUAUCUUCGGUUUAAAACAGCAUCUGCAGUUCCUUCCUACACAAAACUUUCAAUCAGUUCCCUGGUUAUUAUAGAUUACUUUCCCAUCACUGUCGCAGAAUGACAUUUUAGAAAGUAAAAUUAAAUAACUCUUACAUUUUAUAUGUUUGUUAACUUGGUACUACCAUAGGUUUAUUAACAUUUCUCUAGAUGGUUCUCAUUUUAUUCAGUGUUCCAUAUUUUCACUUGUUGGAAUGUUCAUGUCUCACAAUGGGGAUUGGGAAACAAACAGUAGGUUGAUGAGCACCUCAGGUGAAAAAAAUCACUCCACUUCUACACAUGGUUUCUGUCUAAUAAACAACUUUAUUGGACAUCUACAGUCAUUGUCAUUGUUAGUGAAUAGAUAUUUGAAAAUAUUUGUAGCCAACGAGAUAUGCCAAUGUAAAGAAUGCAAUGAAAGUGUAUUUUUGAACUGGAGCCAAGUGAUAUGAUAUCAACAGUGAAGGAUUAAUUUAUACCCAGUGCAAAUGUACUCAGCAAACAAACGAAUAUAAAAUAGAAAGGAAAUGAUGAUAAAGUCAGAAUUAUGGUCAGCAUUCUGUUUUGUUUUUGUUAGACUUCCAAAAUUGUAGAGAAAAUGUGAACUACAUGGGGCAAAAAAUUGAAGGAAAAAAUGUAAAUUAUUUCUCUUUAUUCAUUUCAUUACCCAAUUACUCAUAAGUGGUCUACUUUUGUCAUCAUAGAUUGUUACAUAUAGGGGAAAAAAUAGAUAUGAUAUUUCAUUUUAUGAGAUCACAAGCCCAAUUCUAUUCUCCCAACAUUCAAUGCUAUUGCUUUUUUUAAACCUACAUUGAUUCAUUAAAUAAAUUAUUUAAAUAAUUCUUUAAAUUAUUUAAUGCACUCUUCCUUAGCAGCAGAUUGUGGCCAAAAUCUUUCAUAUUAUCAAUUUUCCUAACUUUUGAAUCUCUAUAAUUAACUUGUUUUUUGUUUCCUUAAUGUCACCGAUUAUACAUGUUAUUUACUUUAAAAUAAUCCAUCAUCUUGAUUCCCAAUCUGGUUAUACUGUAACCAUCUCAAUCCUAGCCAACAACAGUUCUUCUUUCUCUUAAAUCCUGGUGCACCUAUACUUACUGUCGCCUUUUUAAUCUUCUGGUUUCAAUAGCUCACUACAAUAUGUCAACUGUUGUGCAUUGAAGGGAGGGAUUACAGUUCCAUGUUCAGGUUGGAGAGUGGUGGACCAACUCCAACUCC